ACAGACUGAAUCCCCCUCAGGUGGCAAACAUUAAGGUGUCAACAUGAAGCUGCAGCUGCUGUUGGUUCUGGCUGUGGCAGCACUGGUGCCAAGCCUCUCCGAGAGCCGAAUUUUCAGCAAAUGUGAGCUGAAAACUAUAUUUGAGAAGUCCAUAUCCCUGCAUGGACAAAUCAAAAAACACAUGGAGGAACACCUGGCAGCAAUCAUCUGUCAUCUGAACGAGACCUCCGGUCUGGACAGCAACCUGGUCACCAUAGAAGGUGUCCGUGCACCCAGAACCACAGCCACACCAUCGACUCUCCAGCCAACAAAAGACACUGAAGGGCCCAAGGAACCCACCACCACCAACACCACAUCAAACACCACCACACCAGCUACUGCAACUCCAACAACCACUGCGUCUACAGAUGUAAGCACUUCAGGACCAACACCUCUUGAGUCAAGCUCACCAUCUGGCAGCAGAAAACGAAGGAGACGGUCCUCCAAAAAUAACAAAAACACAGACUCACAGAAAUCAAGGAAUUCAAAGGAGUCGUCAGAGGAAAUGUUUGAUGUAAAAACAAGGUGUGACACGCAGGAGAUGGAAGAAGAUUACGCCAAGAAAAGAAACAAAGGCAGCUCAAACUUCUCUGAGGAGGAGCACCAGAUGACCGUUUGGUCCCUUGGCAAGUACGGGAUCUUCCAGCUGACGGACAGCCACUUCUGUGAUUCUGGUUAUCGCUGGUCCAGAAAUGUGUGCAAGACUAACUGCUCAGCUUUUACUGAUGACGACAUACAGGAUGACAUCAAAUGCUUCAUGGACAGUAAAUACUUGGGGUGCUUCUUGGAGAAGAUCUCAGAUUUUUGUCGGGCUCAAGUUAACACCUACUUGAACGGAUGCAGUUAGGUGCCUGUGAGAGCACCUUUCCUACCUCGUCUGCUCUGAGCCGUCAUCUUCACACUGCUUUUAGAGGCUUGCUUUCAUUUUUAUUGUUCAUUUUAAAUGUGAGUUCUUCAAAUAAAUAUU